CAGUGUCCUGUCCGCAGAUCAAGGCUCCUUACCCUGAGUUCCUAAUUGAACACUAAGAAUCUUGACCUGUUGGGCAGGUCUCAAAUCGGAUGAUGCGUUGAGCACUCGUCACCUCUCAAUCUUGCACACCUUUUACAUCUUCCCGACACCUUUCCCCUCGCGCGGCGCGGUCGACAUCCUCCCAACUCCUGGCCCAAGCCUCGUCAGGGGACGAUUGUUGCAAUCAUGGCCACUUUUCUAGACAACUCCUACAGUCUGGUCCAUCUGGACAACACUGCAGACCAGCCGAGCCAACAAGACCUAAAAACACAACUGGAAAAGGGCACAGAUGAGACCAAGCUGGACACAAUGCGGAGGAUCCUGACCAUGAUGUUGAACGGGGACCCUAUGCCCAACCUACUUAUGCACAUCAUUCGCUUUGUAAUGCCCUCAAAAAGCAAACCUCUCAAGAAACUCCUAUACUUCUAUUACGAAAUAUGCCCGAAGCACGACGCGAAUGGAAAGCUGAAGCAAGAAAUGAUUCUAGUCUGCAAUGGUAUUCGAAACGACCUUCAACAUCCGAACGAGUUCGUUCGGGGCAAUACUCUACGAUUCCUCUCUAAGCUCCGCGAACCUGAACUCAUCGAACCUUUACUCUCCGCCGCACAAACUUGCCUCGAUCAUAGACAUGCCUAUGUGAGAAAGAAUGCAGUCUGGGCGCUAGCUUCUGUCUAUCAGCAUGCUCAGCAUCUCAUUCCCGACGCUCCGGAAAUGCUACACACCUUCCUAGCGGGCGAGAGUGACACCACGUGCAAGCGAAAUGCCUUCGCCGCUCUAAUGAGCAUAAGCCACGAGAAGGCUCUAGACUACCUGACUGGGGUUUUGGAUGGGAUACCAAAUGCAGAGGAAUUAUUGCAAUUGGUAGAGCUCGAGUUUAUAAGGAAGGACGCAGUACAGAAUCAAGCGAACAAGGCGCGAUACCUGCGGUUGAUAUUCGACUUGCUGGAAGCGAAUACUAGCACGGUCAUUUACGAAGCCGCAACCUCUCUUACAGCGCUCACCAGCAACCCUGUCGCGGUCAAAGCAGCAGCCGGGAAGUUGAUCGAGUUGAGUAUCAAGGAGGCAGACAACAAUGUCAAACUUAUUGUGCUUGACCGGGUCGAACAGCUUCGAAGACGAAAUGAGGGUGUUCUAGAUGACUUGGCAAUGGAGAUCCUUCGUGUCCUCUCUAGUCCUGACCUCGACGUCCGAAGAAAGGCACUGAGCAUCGCGCUCGAGAUGGUCUCGAGCAAGAAUGUUCAGGAGGUGGUUAUGCUACUUAAGAAAGAGUUGAGCAAGACCGUAGUGGAACAGUACGAGAAGAACUCCGAGUACCGGCAACUCCUGAUACAGUCAAUCCAUCAAUGCGCGAUCAAAUUUUCGGAAAUUGCAGCAAGCGUUGUGGAUGUGUUGAUGGACUUUAUUGCGGAUUUCAAUAACAGUUCAGCGGUUGAUGUUAUAUCUUUCGUCAAAGAAGUGGUCGAAAAGUUCCCCAACCUCAGAUCAUCAAUUGUGGAGAGGCUGGUUUCCACGCUUGGUGAAGUUCGGGCUGGCAAGGUCUAUCGCGGAUCUCUAUGGGUUAUUGGCGAGUACUCACUCCAAGAGAACGACAUCAAAGAGGCAUGGAAACGAAUUCGGGCCAGUUUAGGAGAGAUCCCUAUCCUAGCUUCCGAGCAGCGACUGCUCGAUGAGCAAUCCCAUGAUGACAAUGACGAGCCAUCCAAAGACCAAGUCAAUGGACACGCACCCAAGGCACCUGCAAGCGGAUCUCGAAAAGUUCUGGCGGAUGGCACAUACGCCACUGAAUCUGCCCUGACCAGUGAUUCUGCUGCUAAAGCCAGACUAGAAGCAGUCAAGGCGGCCCAGAAACCGCCGUUAAGACAGCUAAUAUUGGACGGCGACUACUAUCUUGGUACUGUGCUUUCAUCAACACUUACGAAACUGGUCAUGCGACACUCUGAAAUCUCUUCCGACCAGGCACGCACCAAUGCCCUACGCGCCGAGGCUAUGUUGAUCAUGAUUUCCAUCGUACGCGUUGGACAGUCACAAUUCGUCAAGGCUCCUAUCGAUGAGGAUUCGAUGGACCGCAUUAUGUCCUGCGUCAGAGCUCUGGCGGAAUUCACAGAACGCAAAGAGCUUGAGACCUCCUUCCUGGACGACACCCGCAAAGCAUUCAGAGCUAUGGUGCAGGUCGAAGAGAAGAAACGCGCGGCUAAGGAGGCGGUUGAGAAGGCAAAGACCGCGGUCCAGGUUGACGACGUCUUCUCAAUACGACAACUUGCUAAGAAGAGUGCAAGUGACGGUACCGACGACAUGGAACUUGACCUAGAGAAAGCCACUGGCGGGGAUGCUGGAUUCGAAGAUCUAUCAUCCAAGCUCAACCGAGUUGUUCAGUUGACGGGCUUUUCAGAUCCUGUCUAUGCGGAAGCCUAUGUCAAGGUACAUCAAUUUGACAUUGUAUUGGACGUGCUUCUUGUGAACCAGACGAGAGAAACUCUGCAGAACUUGUCUGUGGAAUUUGCGACGUUGGGCGAUCUAAAGGUGGUAGAGAGACCAACAACCCAUAAUCUCGGCCCACAAGAUUUCCUGAAUGUUCAAUCAACCAUCAAGGUGUCGAGUACCGACACAGGCGUGAUAUUCGGUAACAUCGUCUAUGACUCGCCCUCGGGAACAGACACCCACGUUGUAAUUCUGAACGAUAUACAUGCCGACAUUAUGGAUUACAUACAACCUGCAACCUGCUCUGAAUCUGCAUUCAGAACGAUGUGGACCGAAUUUGAAUGGGAAAACAAGGUCAACAUCAACAGCAAAGCGACCAACAAGACUCUUAGGGAGUUUUUGGACCAAUUAAUGAAGAGCACGAAUAUGACGUGCUUAACUCCUGAUGCUGGGCUGAAAGGUGACUGUCAGUUCCUCAGCGCCAAUCUCUACGCUCGGAGCGUAUUUGGGGAGGAUGCAUUGGCGAAUCUGAGCAUUGAAAAGACGGCGGAUAACUCGAUCAUUGGCUUCAUUCGAAUCCGAUCUCGUUCUCAAGGUCUGGCGCUGAGUCUAGGUUCUCUCAAAGGGUUAAAGGCUGGCACAUACUAGGAGUUUGUGUUGUAGUCGAGCAAAUAGAAAUGAGCACCGUUGUAGGAGUAUUCAAAAAAUACCUCCGGAUGAUUUGGACGAAAAAUGAACAA